GCAUUCUUUUAUUGUUCCAGUUUACCUAAAUUUGUAGGUUAUAUACAUUUGUAGCAAAUAUCUUUUUUACCUAACAACGGUACAACACAAGACAGCAUCAAUAUGAGUACACCAAGACAACAAAGCCGCAGGAAAGAGCAGAGUCGUCAACAGGGGUCACCGUCUACCCCAUUGAGUCCUUCUGUUACAAGCAGAAGAGAAGAGAAAGAUCAGAUGAUUAAUUUGAACAAUCGUCUUGCUGCAUAUAUCGAAAAAAUUCGUUCACUUGAAACUGAAAACAGAAGACUGCAGAUCCAAGUUACAAGUCAUGAAGAGACGAGCAGCAGAGAGGUUUCAAACAUCAAGGAGAUGUAUGAAACGGAAAUCAAGGAAGCAAGACGUUUACUUGAUGAAGUUGCAAAGGAAAGAGCUCAACUUCAACUUGAAGUUGCAUCAUUACAAGAUCGUUCUGAUUCUGAAAAGAUCAGAGCUGAUGGUUUGGAACAUGAUAAUUCAGUGCUUGAAGGAAAAUUGAAAGAUGCAAGUAAGAGAUUGCGAGCCAAAGAAGCACAAACUGCAAAUGCAUUGAAAGAAAGAGAUGAUGCUGUUGCUCAACUGGAUUCUUUCAAAGCUAAAGUGAAUGACUUGGCCCAGGAAUUGGAAACUACAAGGAAAACUCUGGAAUCGGAAACAUUGCAAAGAAUCGAAUAUCAAAACAAACUUCAAUCACUACAAGAAGAUUUGCAAUUUAAAGAGAAGCUGUGGAAGGAGGAAGUUCGAGAAUCUCGUAGACGUCAUGAUGUUAGUGUGACAGAAAUUGAUGAAAAUAUCAAAGUGGAUUAUGAAAGUCGAUUGGAAGCUGCGAUUGCCGAUCUUCGUGACCAGCAAAAUUAUGAAAUCGACCAAAUGAGAGAUGAUUUGGAAAGUCAAUACAAAGCGAAGAUUGAAUCAGCAAGGGCACAAGUUGAUUCAACUCGCAAAUUAUUGACACAAUUGCAGGAAGGAUCAAAAUCAUCUCAAAUGAAAAUUGAUCGUUUCCAGACUACUAUUCGUAGCUUGGAAAGUGAGAAUAAGAAACUUUUGCACAGAAUUGGAGAUUUGGAAGGACAACUGGAAGCUGCCAUUGAAUUGAAGAGAGCAGCUGUGGCAGUGGUGGAAGAGGAAAGAGAUGAGCUUCGUUCAAGACUCGAUGAAAUGGAAACUGAGUAUGCUGAACUAUUGAAUCUGAAGUUGCAUCUUGACAUGGAAAUUAGCACAUAUCGUAAAUUACUGGAAGAAGAAGAGGCUAGAUUGAACAUCAGUCCAGGACAGACUGAAAGCGACUCAAAGCUGAGAACUCGUGCUGCCCGCAGAAAGCGCAAGCGUGUUGGACAAACUGAGAGUCAAGAAAUAUCAAUGAAGCAACAGAAGCAGGACACUUCUUCUAGUGCAAGUGCAUCUGCUGGUACGACGACCAUCACACGGGAGACGGUCACUGUUGAACAGACUACUCGUCAACGCAGCACACUUGAGGUAGGGAAGGAAGAUUUAUUUCAUGAACAGGGAGAACCACAGUCAGAAGGAGAAAAGUCAUGUGUAGUGAUGUGAGCGAAAUGAGAAGUAUUGAACAUUCCUGAAUUUGUGUAAGAAGAAGUGACAUUUGUAAACCCAUUUUGCAGUGAUAUUAACUCACUGCCAAAGAUAUAUACUCACUGCGAACGGAGAAGAAAGCAACUGAUGUUGAACUCUUGGAAUUGCUGACAAUUUUUAUCGUGAUAAUUGAGAUUUUGGUUACUGGCGUUUUUACUUAGGAAAUGUGUGUUACCACUCUGUUUUGUAUCAUCACAAGUUUUUCGUAUUGUCAUUGUUUUCCACCAAUUUGUUACAGCAUGGAUUGAAUCGACUAUUCUGCACACUUCGGCCCUUGUAAAAUAAUUUGACUAGCAAAUAUAGAAUAAUUUUUCAACUGCAUGCUUGUUUUUAUUUUUUGUAUCAUAGUGUCAUUCUGUGCAAAUUUAUUUACCAUCAAUCAAAAGAUAAUUGUUGAAGCCAUACCCAAAAAUGAAUGCCGUAAGAGUUAAUGCAAUUCAUUGGUAACUUUUUGCAUAUUUUAAUUUUUCAGAAUGUAGUGCACAGCUUUUCUUUUCCAAUGACACAUGUUAUUAGCAUUUGUAUUUUUGUAAUUGUAAGUGGGCAUGUCAGAGUUACCUAAUCCAAGAGAACGAUGUAUCUGCUAUCUGUAUUGGUUAGUGAUGUCCUUGCAAUUUCGUUUUUUUUUUUGCUUUUCACUCAUGUAAUCUUAUAAUAGAUGUCAUGCAUGUAUCAUUUUGUAUAAUGUAAAUAAUUUUGUUGGCUAGAAAUUGGUGGCCUUCGCAAUGUAUUGCUGCAGUUUAGCAUAUUGAAUCUAUUCUUUGGUUAAAUAUGGAUAUGGCUGACAAACAUCAUGGAAAAAAAGUUUAUCUCAUUAGAAAGGAAACUCAUUCAAAAUUUUUUGUAUAAAUAUAUAAGAGCUGAAAUGAAGAGACUACCAAUUUUUCUUUGUUUUCCUGCUAAUAUUUUGCAUUUGCCCUUGCUUUAAAGCUCAUUCAUUCAUGGUGCCAAUCAUGACCAAUGCUUCUGGUGGAACAUGGUUUGAGGUUCAAAAGCUUGUUCAAAAGCUGAAAUGACUGCAAAUUUUUUACACAAUUUGUCGUAAUUUAGAUGUAGGAAUCUUAUUUCGAUUAAGCACAUCACAUGUGUUUAGUGUCUUUCCUGGCUGAUAUAUUUGAUUCUGAAAUAAAUGGUUUCAUAGAAAAUA